AUGACGGCUGAAAAGAUUCUCGUCAACGAGGCGACCAUCGCCAACCAAGAGCUUCUUGAGACAUUCAAGCAUCGCUCCGGUGAAGAGGAGGCCCACGAGGAGAGACUCCGCCUCAAGGCCAGAAAGGUGCGAAUGCAGGGCUACAGACCGGCACACCCCGGCGGCCACUGCUGGCAUUGCGCCCAGACGCACAAGAUGCGCUCUUUGAACUUCGAAGAGGCCGGCACCAGAGUCCGUCGGGGCAGAGACAAUGGUGUCCCCUGCUGGAAGCAGAUGCAGACGGCGAGACAUCUCAUCACAGCCUACACCCGCCGGUACGCCGACGCACCCAAUGGCACCAACUUCGUGGCCCCGCCGUGGUUCCGUGGCCCAAGGGUUUGGCGCAAGGACGACAAGACGGGCGUGUUUCGCCCGCGACGCAUGAUGGAUGACCUGUUGGACAAGAAGAAGGCCGACAAGCAGGAGAGAAUCGCUCGCGGCCUCGAGGUGGAGGAGGAGGAGGAGCAGGAGGAGGAGGCUGAGGCUGAGGACAGCGAGGUUGAGUCCGAUGAGGACGAGGACAACGAGUAG